AUGGCUCCCAUCAAGCAAGGAUACCUCCAACUACCUACUUCACGAAUAUCUCCUCAUUCCCGGCUGUUACUCCUCUUACCAUUUUCUUUGCUCGUAUUUGCCAUUAUACGACGGGUCCAAGGGCGCAAAAUGGCAUCCUCUGAAGACUCGAGCGCCAAAAAGUACUCACGGGCAAUUGAUAUUUCCAACCACACGGGCGAGAAACUCCAGAUUCGCCUAUCGAUCGAAGAAGCUUCCCCUCCCAAUAGCCAAGUUCCACCUGCUAUGGCUGGUGAGAACCAUUCCGGUCACCUCGAAGCGCCAUCACUCUCCAAUCCAGGGCCUCUACAGCCGCUCGAUAUGACGAGCUUGCCAUUACCAUCAGCGGCUAAGGAGAUGAAAAACCACACAAUGACGUUGUCCGAGAGGGAAUUUACGCAGCCAGAAUCAUCGUCAGCCCACCCUGAUGCACCACGGCUUCAGAAAGAAGCCGUUCAGAUAUUUAGAGAAGUGGGAUCGACGUCUCGAAAAAACUGGAGGAGAAAGGUGCUGGAGUACCAUUAG